AUGUCUCAAAUAAUUAACGUGGGAAUUCUCAUUCUAGUUGUUGUUGUUGCAGCAUUAAUACCACAGAACACAGAAGCUGCAGAGUAUGUAGUUGGUGGUGCUGCAGGUUGGAGUAUUCCUCGUGAAGGCGCUUCCUUCUAUUCCACCUCCGUCGCUAAUAUUACCUUCAGAAUAAACGACAUUCUUGUCUUCAACUUCAAUACAGGAGCCCACAACGUCAUCACACUUUCAAAGAAAGACUUUGAGAAUUGCAACGUGAAUGGAAAUAUAGAAACAUUCGCCUCAGGACCAGCAAGAAUCACUCUCAAUCGCGCUGGAGAAUACUAUUUCGCCUGCGGCUUCCCAAGUCACUGUAGCCUUGGCCAAAAGCUGAAUAUUAAUGUCACUGCAGGUUCUUCUUCCCUUGCUCCGCAGGAAUCUCCACCACCAACUGUGUCUGGUGCAGCCAUGUCUGUUGCUUCAACUGUCUCUGUUCUUCUCAUGGACAUUACUAUAAAUGUUCUAGAAUUAAUAGCAGUUAGUUACUCUUAA